AAAAGCUACGCUCUGCGAUAUUCUAAGAAGUGUUUUAUUGAGCAGUUUUAAUUACAUAAUUAAUAUUGCAUGCGAAAUUAUACAAUCUUUUUGAUUUUAAAUGAUUGCACAACUUUUCUGAUAGUCAGUUGUCAAAGUUCAUUGUCGUUUGAUUGGCAGUAGUGGCGACCAUAAGUGGCGACUGACGUUGUAAACUAACCUCUUCAGAAAGAGAUCCGAAUUUAAGAGAAAAUUUCGUAAAAAAGUGUCUUAAUUUGGAAAAAUGUCGCUCGUAGGAAUCCGGGGCCUCUUAAAGUGUGGUAAAAUAUUUAAUGAAAACGUGAUAAUCAACAGUAGAUCAAUCACACUUAUGAACAUGCGGAUGAAUAAUGCCCCCGAAGGGCAAGCAAAACAGGAACAAGUGUCACAGAGCAGUACAGAAAAUACACCUCCACCCACACAACAGCCGACAGUAGAAGACAUUGAAAAAUUAAAUAAAAACAUCGCUGAACUAACGGAAAAAAAUAACGAUAUCUUAGAUAAAUACAAACGAGCCUUAGCUGAUGGAGAAAAUUUAAGAAACCGACUAACUAAACAAAUUGCUGAAGCAAAAUUGUUUGGAAUUCAGGGUUUUUGUAAAGAUUUGUUGGAUGUGGCAGACGUUUUAGGCAAAGCAACUGAAACUGUACCCAAAGAAGAAAUCAACGAUAAUAACCCGCACCUGAAAAGUCUAUAUGAAGGACUUAUAAUGACUGAAGCCCAACUCCAAUCAGUCUUUAAGAGGCAUGGUUUAGAGUCUGUCAACCCUCUAAAUGAAAAAUUCAAUCCAAACUAUCAUGAAGCUUUGUUUCAACAGGAAGUUGAAGGCAAAGAGUCGGGUACUGUUGUGGUUGUUUCUAAAAUUGGAUACAAAUUACAUGAUCGAGUAAUAAGGCCUGCCUUAGUGGGUGUCGCCAAAUGAGUGAUUAGUAAAUUCUCAUUUUGUAAGACUGUAAAUUACAUACAGAGAAGUGUUUGUUAUUUUAAGGUUUGUGAUCUUUAUUAUCUCACAAAGAUACUUGUAUGUUAAUAGGAAAAAUAAUAAAUGCCUGAGCAGAC